GGGGCCGAGCACCCGUGUGAAGACUGGUGCUAACAGCAUUAUCACGGGAAUUCGUACACGGGAGUGUUCAUUACGACUUAGCGACAAUCGUAACGGCCCCCAUCGGCCGAAACGGUGUCGACUAACUGGUCCUACGUCUACAAACCAAGGUGAUGUAUCUCACGUGAAGAAUCACCGAGGAAAAUAGUGGCGUGGGACAGACAUCCUACAAUAUGCUCUUUCUCAUCCUCUUCGUAUUUAUUGGCAUCAAGCUUGUGUCUUGUUGUCGAAAAUGCAGCAAGGAUCUGGAAGAGGAACAUGAGGAACUGACCUUUGCAAAGGUCACAUCGAAAAACUGGUUCAAGGUUCUGGUCUUUUUGCGCAUGGUCCUUUUUGUUGUCUGCUGUGUCCUUGGGUAUUACUUCAGCUACGGCUUCGGGAACGGAGAUAAAUGGGCAGACGAGGCAGUGGAGAGCUGGGAACAACAUUUCGAAGGAUUUCACAAUCAUGAUAUAAAUAUCACCCUCCCAAUGGAAUGCCAUGUGGAGUUUCAGGCAACAAUAACGGAAAAUCUUGCAUACGUCGAAAAUUACUCUUUAGGAAUCGAGGAUGAAUGUUUGGGAAAUCUGUCUUUGGAUGCAGACGGAAUAGCCAGUCUAACCAAAUCACCUGGUUUUUCAAUCAACUCUAUCAGGAAGAAGUUAGAUAAACCUUCAAAGUAUCCUGUUUUGGUGACUGCCGUAACAGAACACUCCUUUCUAGAGGUAGUCGGUCUUGUUGAGAACAUCAAGACAGUUCUGCACAAAGCGUUUCCAAAAAUGCAAGCUGUAUUAUUUGAUUUCGGAUUAACAGUGGAGCAUCAUAAAUCAUUAAUUGGCAAUUGUAGUUUCUGUGAUGUUCAGAGCUACCCGGCCAAACAACUUGAAAUUUGUGAAACAAAUAACAAGAACUUCACUUCCGUACAAGGACCUGGAAAAAGAACGUAUGAAAGUUUAUACAAACCUGCGCUAAUUCAGUUAGUCCUCCAAGAUCACGACUUUGUCAUGUGGAUAAAUGAAAGCAUCCGAUUCAAUUCCUCCACUACAUUCAAGAAAAUUGUCAAGGGCAUUAAAGGCAAGUCAAUUCAGUUGCCGAUGAGCGAGGAAACCAUCGAAGAACGCGGCAUCAAGGAAGACAUGUUUGCUUUACUUGACGAGGAACCAUGUCUGUAUCAGCAGCAGAAUGUCCUAGACACCAAGGUCAUGCUGAUCAGACGGAAUAACUUCACACUGCAUGCAGUGAUGCGACCAUGGGUGGCUUCAGCAUUCACGUAUAUGUCUCUUCCAGCUGAGCGAAGGCGAAUCCUGAAGAAUGGGACAACGGAAAUCGACGAAAAGGCAGACAGUUCUCUCCUGAGCAUUAUUCUUACUCGACUGUUCAGCAUGAAUAAACACAUCUUUCUUUUCGAUUUCCCAGGUACCUCUGGAGGGAGUAGGCCAGACAACAACACGAAAACCACAGACGUCCCAGUUCCGAACAAAACAUUUGAAAUUCCAGUCAAUGACGUUACAAACAGCGACUCGGAAAUUGUUGCCAUUGGAAACACUAUAAAUUCCAAACAUCAGAAAUCUCAGGUUACGAUAGAUUCCCACAAUGAAAGCAAUAAUGGUACAAUUCGAUACAUCUGAACACAAUAUUUACACCGGUGAAUAAAUGGGAUUUUAUUUUGUAUUUGUCUAGGUUUUUUUCAGUUUAUGAAACAAAUUUAUUGGAACUGUAUAUAUUAAGGAUUGGCGCCAGAAUCUAUUUUUGUAAAAUUAUUUAUAUGAAUGAAUUGACUCCAUAUCAC